AUGCCUGGAGUUCCUUCAGGCCGUGGCUGUGAUGCAUGCCGCAAGCAGAAGAAGAAGUGCGAUCUCAGCACUCACCCAUGUCCACGAUGCCGGCGAUUGGACAUCCCGUGCAUCGGUCUCGGGCAACAACGCUACAAGUUUGUGAAGGCUGAAGGGUCAAGCUGUUCUCUGGUGCCUGCGCGGCCGCAGACAAGGACGGUCCUCCCGCAAACCCACGUCUUCCGAAGCCUCUCCAACGAACAUACGCAGCGUGUGAGCGCGUUCACCGACAAGAUCAACCCCCUGAUCGGCGUCAAGUUCAACUUGGCCUGGACGUAUGGAGACUAUCUCGUGGAUGUGCCUGCUCGGCUCGGCACGAACGAGGCUCUGGAUAAGGCCGCAGACACGCUUCUGGCGGCGCUGCAGAGGUACUCCAGCCCAGCCGUCGAAGUGACUCUUCUCGUAUUGGAAAAGUAUACGCUGGCUCUCGCCGCCUUGCGAAUGUGCUUGGACGAUCCCGUGACCGCCCGGUCCUGUGAAACCCUUGCCGCCAUCGUGCUGCUGUUGUCGUGUCAGCAAUUCCUCUGGAAGCCCACAAGAGUCUCCACGGCUCAUUCCGAAGGGGCGGCCCAAAUCCUCCGCCUACGCGGACGACCUGGAACCUGUGAGCCGUUUGAAAGGAACCUGCUGCUUGCCCUACGUGGCGUGGUGCUGCUGCAGUCUCUCUUCAGCGACAAUAUCAUUUUCACCGACCGGGAAUGGCUCGAGGUCUUCGAGACGGGUCAAGACCAAGACACACUCAGCCCUGAGGGCCGAGCAAUCCAAUGUCUGACCCGAGCGCCGAAUCUGAUGCGCAGAGCGAAAGCCGCGCUUAUAGCGGCCGAUGCCUCCGAAAGCCAUCUCAUGGAACUCCGGGAUGAAUCUCAGCGUCUCCGUGACGACCUUGAACCGCAUCUAACCACCCUUCGUCAACGGUUGGGUGUUGCCAACUCACCCACAGUCUCAAAUGAUCCUAACGCCACGGUGUGGUUGGACCUGCGACACUGCCACUUUCUCCGCUCGUACAGCCUCGGCUUGGCUAUGGCCAUCAUCAUCAACGAGAUCGUCAUCGCCGUGACAGGAGACGGAGACGGAGACGCUUCCCCAGUCCUGCAGGAGUCAGAACUAUUCUCGGGGGAAAUAGUCCGUCUGGCCCAUAUAGCAAGUCAAUAUCGGCCUCUGGGCGCGUCUUCCUUGGGCUUGUGCCUCAUCGCCGCCGAGAUUGGGGCCAGCGACCCUGGCACCAAAUCCGCCGCUCGACAGCUGCGACUCGAGUACGAGACGGACUUUCACGCACCAGACGCGCGGACCUCGACCACGACCACGACAGAGCUACAGUUGAUCUGCGGUCGUUGCACGACGAGAGCUCGGAUGCUGCAAUAG